CUUCUCUCGGCGGAACAUCCUGAGACGAACAGCUUUGUUUUCAAAACCUCCUGAAUCUGUUGGUGACAAUUGAAGAUGGCAAUCACUCUGCUGGUCCUGUUGGUCAUCAUGGUGUCCAAAGUGGACGCAAGUGAUAUCGGCGAUCUGCAGAGAAAGGUCACGGCACUGAAAUCACAGAUUGAUCUUCUCUCAAGACGAGUUUUUUUCAGGGCGACAUUUAAAGAUUUCAAAACAUCGUGUGAAUUUGGGAAAGUGGUCAUCUUUGACACAGCGCAGACAAACAUAGGCAACGCCUACAGCUCUACCACCGGGGUCUUCACGGCUCCUUACCGCGGGGACUACGUCAUCGUUUGGCGAUCCUUCUCUCUUGGCGCAGGUGAUAUAAACUGGGAUUUGUACAUCAAUGACCAGAUGGCGCUGCGAGCUCGAUCUCUGACUUCAGGCGACUCUAGUAACGAGAGUGUCAUGCCCGUCACUCUACAGGCCGGAGACCGGGUCUAUGUUGCAAGUCCUAACAGUCUGAACUUCUGGGGACUGAACCACAGCAUCUUUGCCGGGUGGCUUGUCACGGCAUUUUAAUCUUCGUUUACUGGCGAAAAGAGGAACAAAAAGAAACGAUAUCAACACCUUUUCUGGAUAUUGCCUUUCCGUAUCAUUCCCACUUACUCUUACUAUUGUUGAUUUCUGCUUUAUUUAGAAGUAAAUCCACUAUGUAAUUUCUGGCAAAUAUUAAACAUGAACGCACACACAAUUAAAAAUGGAUCAAACAUGUUUCUAUUUUCAGUGCAAAACUAAACGAUAUAAUAACUGAAGUCAAAUAGAGAAUGUUUAAAGUACUAAAUAUAACGCUAUCAAAAAUUGUUUACAAUAGCUACGAUAACCGACAUUAAUAAGAAAUGAGAGGACUGAUUUGAUGUAAAAACAGACCACAUUGGACUUCGUUUCAGCUUUGACUACAGUAGGUUAACAUUGUAUUUUGGCAUAUAAAAAUUGCCUGCAUGGAAGAAGUAUUUUUGCAUUAGUAUGAAACCUGUAACAAUUCUUUUUUAGGUCUCUUCUGUCUGAACCUCUUCAAAAUAAAGAAAUAUUCAUUGCUG